CUGCAACUGUCGUCAUCCACCCAUCCAUCCUCGGCCGGCCGAUCGCCCAUUGGAAUCCCUCACUCGAACCGUGGCCGGCUCCCGUGUCCCUCGGACAAACGAUUUAGACAUGGGCCAGCGCAUACCGACAUGUGGUCAAUCGACUCAUCGCCCAUGACAUCUGGUGACGAGACCCGAUCAUCGGCAGCAUCAACACCCCGCCGUCCUGGCUGCCUCGACAUCAUCGUCAAUGGAGCAUUCUCUGGCAUUGCCGAGCCAGAUUUAGCCAAAAUGAGUGGGAUUGACGCAGCCACACACGCCACCGGCAAGGUUGAGGCAGCGGCACUGCGAUGCCGGAUCGAGCCCUUCGCACAAGACGCCCUACGCAUGAAGAGAGGGUCAACCCCGUGACAUUCACGCUAGACGCCACUCGUUCGAUGCUCCCGAUGAUGGACGCCGCGCAAAGGCGUGGACAGUGUUAUCCAGAGGGCGCCCUGACGCCAUUCCCGGGGCGUCGAGGCGGCUCGUGCCCGCACCAACCUCCCCACUGAUGGCUCAACAACACCUCGACGCCCUGCCACCAGAUGGCACCACCCAUGCUUCUGCAACAUGCAAGCCCUUCGACUGUCACGCUCUUUGGGCACGUACUUACAUAUGCAUAUAUUAAUGCGUGGACGUCACUCGCGUUACCAGCUGCAAUCUCGUGAGAUUCAACAUUCAUCCUCACCCGAGGCAAAUAGCAAGCAGCAUCACGUACUGAUCGCCCUCGCCGCCCACCAUGUCGCUCUCCGACCGCGCCAGCAAGCUCACGGCGCCCGACCCCAAUUUCUUCUUCAUGCAGGUACUCGCGAACCUGUACGACGCCAAGACGAACCCGCACGGCUACAUCAACAUUGGCGUCGCCGAGAACACGCUACUUCAUGACCGUUUCAUGAAGCACAUGCGCGCCACGCUGGAGCCCGCCGACAGCAUCCCCACCGUCACGCUCACCUAUGGCGACGGUCACAAGCGUCUCAAGCCUGCCGUUGCGCGCUUCCUCACCCGCCAGCUGCGCCCGUUGCGCGCCAUCACCCCCGCCGACGUCUUCGUGAGCAACGGCUGCACCGUGGCCAUCGAGAACAUCUCCUGGGCGCUCGCCAACCCGGGCGACGCCAUCCUCAUCGGUCGCCCGUACUAUGGCUCCUUCCCCACCGACGUCGGCAAGCGGACCGGCGUCGAGCUCCGACCCGUGGCAUUUGGCGCUGGCGUCGACCCCAUGGGCUUCGCCGCCAUUGAGGCUCACCGCGCCGCCAUCCUCGCCGCCAAGGACCGCGGCCAGCGCGUCGCCGCCAUCAUCCUCGCGCACCCAAACAACCCGCUGGGUCGGUGCUACCCGCGAAACGUGCUCCUCGCCUACAUGCGCCUCUGUCAGGAGCACCGCGUGCACCUCAUCAGUGACGAGAUCUACGCCCUGUCUGUCUUCAAGAACGCAUUUGAUACGAAGCCUGCGCCCGUGCCCUUCGAAUCGGUUCUGUCCAUUGACGUCAACGGAAUCAUUGAUCCGGAGCUCAUGCACGUCAUCUGGGGCAUGAGCAAGGACUUUGGUGUCAGCGGGCUGCGUAUGGGCUUCAUCGUCACGCAGGGCAACCCGCAGCUCAAGGGCGCCCUGCAAAACGUCUUUGAGUUUGGCUGGACGAGCUCGCUGUCGGAUCUGGUGACGGCCAACGUGCUGGAGGAUGACGAGUGGGUCGACGCCUUUCUCGAGGACAACUGCCGGCUGCUCGGCAAGCAACACGCCAUCGUGCUCCGCUGGGCGCGGGACCACGGCAUCGAGUACGCACCUGGCACCAACGCGGGCUUCUUCGUGUGGGUAAAUCUUGGCGCCGCGUACCUCAAGAAUCGGGUGGUCGACGAGUCUGAGAAGCAGCAGGUGGACCUGAACCAGGACGUCAUGAAGAGCCUGCUAAAGCACAAGGUGUUUCUCGCCGACGGCGUGCGAUUUGGCGCCGAGGAGCCCGGCUGGUUCAGGAUCGUCUUUGCGCACGAGACGGAAUACCUGGAGCUCGGGCUGGAUCGCAUCCUGGCGGCAGUGGGUGGCGGCAGCAUCGACAAGAAGCAGAACGGGGAGCUGCCGUACAGAACAAACGGUGCCAACGGCCGGGCAUAGACGGUUUCCCCGAGUGUCGUGUGUGCACAGGAACCGCAUGUACCAUGUAUACGUCAUGACCCGCGUAUCAAUCCAUCGCUUCAUGCAGUCACGACGCUCGGUUGCCCAUCAAGGUGAACCUUGAUGGAUGUGGCCCAACUCGCGGUAGACAGACACGGCAUGUUUCAUUGCCCUGCAAACUUGACUAAUUGACAAAUGAAGCCGUGUUCCCGUCCAUUUUCUGUGCAAACGCCUGCUCCUGCUCGACCCCAUAAGACACGC